AUAAAUCAUAAAAAUGGAUCAAAUUCGUACAAUUCCCAACGAAAUAUUAAACAUUAUCCCUAAAUUUGGAGGAGAACAGAAAUCACUAAAUUUCUUUUUAAGAAAAUGUGAAUACGUUAUACGAUCAUUUAGAACGAUUGAAUCACCUAUACAGGACUUGUACGUGUUUCAUUCAAUAACAAGUAGAUUAGUAGGCAAAGCAGCCGAAUUGUUAAGCGAACGCGAAGAUGUGGAGACAUGGGAUGAAUUAAGAACGUUACUGUCUCAACAUUUCGGUGAUCCGCGAUCAGAAGCAUGCAUAGCUAUCGAGCUAGAGACAAUAAAGAUAAAACCUAACGAAAGUCUCACGGAAUUGUGCCAUCGUAUCCAAAAUACUAGGAGCGCGUUAAUAUCGAAAGUUAACUUGAUUAGCGAUCAAGGAAUAAAAGCCGCGAAACUAAUCAUUUAUAAUAAUACGGCGUUAAACGUGUUCUUAUAUAAUUUACCGGAAGAUAUGAUCAGGAUUGUACGUCUGAAAGGGUGUACAACGCUCGAAGAAGCGUUAAGCAUUGUAACGGAAGAGGAAAAUUUCCAAUUCCAAUACAAUAGCAAAAACAAGAAAACAAAUACUAUAAAACCGCUAUUACCUCAAUUAUCUACUUUUAGGCCAAAUUUCAUGCCUUCGCCAACGUAUAAAUUUGGCAUCCCUCAGAAUAAACCGCAGCAAAACUUUAUGCCUACAAAUAAGUUCAAUACCCCAAAUAAUAAUUUUAAAUUCGGCAUUUCAAAUCAACUUAACAGACAACCUGCCCCUCCGGCACAAAAUAAUUGCAGGCCUGUAGCGCCAAGCAACCCCAAUUUCAGACAGUUCGGAAAUAACUUUCCAUACAAUCCACAACAAAGAAGGUUCGGAUAUUUUAACAAUAACACCAACCCUCAAUUUAAAUUCGGUGUUAAUAACCCGCCAUUAGCACAACGACCUUCAUAUAACGUUAAUACAGACGUUUCCAUGCGAUCAGCAGCGCCCAUAAGGCAGAAUAUGAUAAAUCCUGAAACGGAACAGGAUAUAUAUUUCAAUCAGAUGUAUGAACAACAGGAAUAUUAUGAUGAGGAGGAGUAUAGCGAACAACCAUACGACCCUGAGAGCACUUAUUACGAACCCGCAAUAGAGGAAUUAGAUAACGAAGAAAUAAGUGACGAAAAUUUUCAAAUAAAGGCCUCUACGGAAACGAAAGUGAAAUAAUAAAUUUAAACUUUGACGGAAUAUUUAAACUACCACAUAUACACAUACCCGAAAUAAACGCGAAAUUUAUGAUAGAUACAGGAAGUAGUAGAUCUUUCAUUAGCC